AAGAAAUACUAGAAAAAUGAAAGAAACCUGCUCUCUUAGAACUCUUGAUACUAAAAAAUAUAUAAAUAUUAGAUACUCACAAGUUUAAAUCUUCUUAUCUGCAUAAAAGAAAUAAAAAAAAAUAUUUACAAAAACUGUUUCGAAAUUAAGAUGCAACAUGAUUGUGGAAGCCAUUCUCAGGGAAAAAACGAAAAACAUGACUGUGGAAGCCCGUGUAGGCACUAUUGGCAGAUGAAAGAUCAAAGCCAGUUAGUCAGAGCCCAUAACAGUUGGAACUCAAUGGUCCAGUUCCGGUUAGAGGAGAGGAACCCAAACCAGAUUCGUGGCAUAAUCAUCAACAUACAUAAUUCCUACUUCUUCCACCAUAAUUAUCGUUAAAUGGGUUAUUAUUUAUCCACCAAUAAUGAAUAUCAUUUCCCUGAUUCUUUGCUUGAAUCAUCCUUCCCCUACUUAGCCUUCUUUUAACGAACACCAUUUCAAUAAUAGUCACCAUCGACUACACUUAACACCAGUCAUGGAAUUAGCUACCUCAAUUAGCUCUGUUUCCACAAAGAAUUUCACUCCAUAUGGCUACUCAAGGAUAAAGAAUGGGUCUUUUAAGUACCCACUAGUCCGCUCUCCAUGCAGUCAUAGGCUUAGAGCUCUGAAUUCAAGGAGUUUGUCUAUAAGAAUGGUUUCAAAUGGAUAUGCGGGUAGAGACGCUAACAACUUGUUCUUUACAAACAGCACUAGUACUAGUAAUUACGAUAGUAAGAAAUACUCCAAAAUAGACUCUUGUGUAGUCAUUCCUCCACCCAAAGGUAAAAAACCAAGAGCAAUUAUCAAAUUCUUGGGUGGUGCUUUCAUUGGAGCUGUCCCUGAAGUCACUUAUGGGUAUCUAAUAGAGCUAUUGGCAAAGGAAGGAUAUGUUGUUGUCUUGGUGCCUUACAAUGUGACUUUUGAUCAUGCACAUGCUGCUAAUCAAGUAUAUGAAAAGUUUAAUGCUUGCCUUGAUUUGUUACUAACAUCUGGCUUGCCGGAUGCCAAUCUAACACCUGCCCAGCUUGUUGGCCUUCCAGUUUUUUCUGUUGGUCAUAGCAAUGGUGCACUUCUCCAAGUUCUUACAGGAAGUUAUUUCUGUGACAAUAUACCAAAGGCUAAUGCUAUAAUCUCAUUCAACAACAGGCCUGCUACGGAGGCAGUACCAUACUUUGAGCAGUUAGGCCCACUCAUUAAUCAAAUGAUGCCAAUUGUGGAGGCAUCGCCAAUGUACUCGAUAGCUAGGAGUGCCUCAGGGGAUGCAUGGAAAAUGCUAAUUGAUACUGCCGGAGCAAUAAUACCAGACAGUGAACAAGAAGCCCUUACGUCACUGACUAGAUUUGUUGAUCAGUUGCCUUCAGUAAUGAGUCAAGUUACAGAGGGGGUAUCAGAAUUCAAGCCCAGACCUUCUGAGAAUCGCGAUUGUUGUAGAAAUUCCUAUAAUGUCCAACAUACACUACUGGUAAAGUUCACAUCUGAUACAAUUGAUGAGACAGAUCUCCUUGAAGAGACCUUGCAGCCUCGUAUUGAGUCCAUAGGUGGGACUAUAGAGAAGGUCCAAUUAAGUGGUAACCAUAUCACACCAUGCAUCCAGGAACCAAUAUGGCAAGUAGGUUCUGUGUACACUCCUGUAGAUGCUAUCGCUCAAGGUCUUAAGGCUCUCUCACUUAAUGAGACUAGAGUCCUCUUCAGAACCAUUAGCGACUGGUUCAGACGUUUUGAAGAUUAACAUCCUAAUUACUCGGCAGAAGUUUUAAUGAGGGUGCUCACGACAGUAUAUAUUACAAAAAUAUAGGUUCCAUAUGUAUAAAUUUUGGCUUACAAAUAUUGCAGCCAAAGUCUCAUCUAUGUGGCUGAUUUGUUAGUUCAUAGUUACUGGUUAGGUAUAUGGUAGACUUCUGUUGGCGAGUAGUUAAAUACAUACUCCUGCAAGUAUAUUCUCACCUUUGCUUCCAUAUUUGGUGGAACAUAAAAAACACUCACUCUAAAUCAAGAUCAUUCCUCGAUGUAA